AUUGAUUCUGCCCCUAGCAGCGCGGAACUACAAGUUCCAGAGUACCUCGCGGCCACCGUUGUCUAAGGCCGAGUGGAAUUGGCCCAGGAUGACAGCUGGAGAAUGGAGUCAGUUUUAUCCAAGUAUGAAAACCAGAUUACUAUUUUCACUGACUACCUAGAAGAAUUUCCAGACACAGAUGAGCUGGUAUGGAUCUUGGGGAAACAGCAUCUCCUUAAAACAGAAAAAUCUAAGCUGUUGUCUGAUAUAAGUGCUCGUCUAUGGUUUACAUACAGAAGGAAAUUUUCACCAAUUGGGGGAACAGGCCCUUCGUCAGAUGCUGGCUGGGGGUGUAUGCUGCGCUGUGGACAGAUGAUGCUGGCUCAAGCUCUUAUCUGCAGACAUUUGGGAAGGGACUGGAACUGGGAGAAACAAAAAGAACAACCCAAAGAAUACCAGCGGAUCCUACAGUGCUUCUUAGAUAGAAAAGACUGUUGCUAUUCUAUUCAUCAAAUGGCACAAAUGGGUGUAGGAGAAGGGAAGUCAAUUGGUGAAUGGUUUGGACCAAAUACAGUCGCACAGGUGUUAAAAAAACUUGCUUUAUUUGAUGAGUGGAAUUCCUUGGCUGUUUAUGUUUCAAUGGAUAACACAGUGGUCAUUGAAGAUAUCAAAAAAAUGUGUUGUGUCCUUCCCUUGAGUGCUGGCAUGCCCAGUGAGAGACCCUAUGACCCUCUGAAUCCUCCGAACCACAAUAAAGCCACCUCUGCCUGCUGCCCAGCCUGGAAACCCCUGCUGCUCAUUGUGCCCCUCCGCCUGGGCAUAAACCAAAUCAAUCCUGUCUAUGUUGAUGCAUUCAAAGAGUGUUUUAAGAUGCCACAGUCUUUAGGGGCAUUAGGAGGAAAACCAAAUAACGCCUAUUAUUUCAUAGGAUUCUUAGGUGAUGAGCUCAUUUUCUUGGACCCUCACACAACCCAGACCUUUGUUGACACUGAAGAGAAUGGAAUGGUUGAUGAUCAGACUUUCCAUUGUCUGCAGUCACCACAGCGAAUGAGCAUUCUGAACUUGGAUCCUUCUGUGGCAUUGGGAUUUUUCUGCAAAGAAGAAAAAGACUUUGAUAGCUGGUGUAACCUUGUUCAGAAGGAAAUUCUAAAGGAAAACUUAAGGAUGUUUGAAUUAGUUCAGAAACAUCCAUCACACUGGCCUCCCUUUGUACCUCCAGCCAAACCAGAGGUGACAACCACUGGGGCAGAAUUCAUUGACUCUACUGAACAACUAGAGGAGUUUGACCUGGAGGAAGAUUUUGAGAUUCUGAGUGUAUAGAAGAAUAGUAGGAACUCAACCUGAGGUGUGUCUUUGAUCUGGUACUAGAAGAACAUGAACUCAGUGCAUAAAACUUUUCUAGUCAGCAAGUGCCUGUUAUGCCAACAGCAUACAAAUGUGAUAGCAAUCAAUCCUGACUGAGCCAAUCACUGUUCCUCAGAAAAAACAAUGAAUAACCCUUCCCCAGAAUGAACUAGAACAAUUAUAAAAUCUAGGAGCAAAGAGAUUAGGAGUCAUCCCUUGCUUCCCAGCUUGUAUUACAUAGCCACAGGGAGUCUGCCACUACUGAAAUGAGGAGGUGGACAUCUGGAACAUAGACAGAAGUUCCCAUCUUGCUUCAAGCAUCAGCAGAUAAGAUAUGGUUAACUGUGCUUCCUCACCCUUUCAGGUGUGACCUCUUUUGGGCUAAAUACUAAGAAGCAGUUUAUUCCUUUGUUCUAAUAAUAAAGUGAUUACAUCAGGGA